GCAGGCGCGAGAGGGCGGAACCACGGCGGCGUCGACAUGGGGGGGCGCGGAGCCGACGCCGGAAGUAGCGGUGGUACGGGUCCCGCUGAGGGGGACUCAGCGCCGGCUGCGUCCACCCGCGCGGCGGCGAGAGCCGAGGCCCGAGAGGGUGGGCGUGGCGGCCGCCCCGACGCAACACCGUCCCUUCGCUCCUCUCGGCGAGCGGCGCCGCGUCGCUCCCCUCCAGCGGCUGCCAUGAGCGAGCGCCUCCGCCCCCGGAAAAGGAGAAGGAAUGGCAGUGAAGAAGACCACCAUCUUCCCCCCCAGACCAAAAGGAGUAGUAGGAACCCUGUCUUUCACGAUUCCUGGGACACAGAGACAGUACCUGUAAUGAAAAACUGUAAAGAAAACAGACUACUAAGAGGAAACAAAGUGUUCUGUGCGUCUUCAAGCAGUGAUGGUGGUAGCAGUAGCAGCAGCAGCAGCAGCAGCAGCAUCAACAGCCCAGACAGGGCCAGUGGGCCAGAAAGCAGCUUAAACCAGAUGGUCACUGGAUCCAGCCCUACCACGCCCCAGCCCAUGCCCGAGCAGUCUGCACUAUGCCAAGGCCCUUACUUUCACAUCAACCAGACCCUGAAGGAGGCCCACUUCCAUAGCCUGCAGCACCGAGGACGUCCUCCCACAUGAUGCGCUGGCAGUUUCUUGCCUUCUGUGAAGGGACAGCGCUUGUGCAGAUUUGAUAUUUCAACUUACAAUGUUUUAAAAAAUUGCACACAAAAAAAUGCCUGUUGGCUUUUCAGUCUAUAUUUGAAAUAA